CGCAGGCGCGAGCCGCGAGCGCUAUGUCUCGCGAAUUUAACUAUUAUUAAAAUAAUUUUCACUAUUAAAUAAAAAAAUGUACAAGUCCGCCCCUGCGUGAGUGAAAGAGGAUUGCAGUUUUGAAUUAUAUUGUAUAAUAUUUUCUUAGUAAAAUAAUGUUGCAUACUUAAUACCAAAAUGUUUGGGUUCAAACGAUCGUCUGUGCAACUUGUGGUGAUACUGGCUUGGCUUUUGCGAUAUUACACCUUCGGGUCGAUAGUAAUAUGGUGUAUAGUCGCGUGUGGUUUGAGUUUGGCUAUUGUUUUGGCUGUGACGACGUAUGACCAUGACUACUGGACGUCCCGUGGGGUGUUCUCCCCGCCUGCGUGGCCGGUCGUGGGCCACAUCCCGUCCGUGGUGAUGUUCAAGGAGCAAGGAGGCAUGUGCUUCAAGAGGAUAUACGAUACCUAUCAGGAUGAGAGAUUUUUAGGCUGCCACCAGUUCUACCAGCGCACUCUAGUGGUCCGCGACCCUGAGCUGAUCCGAAGAGUGUGCGUCAAUGACUUCCAGCACUUCACAGACCGAGGGUUCUUCUUCAACAAGGACGUGGAUCCUCUCGCUGGGUCUGUGCUGUUCUUGAGGGGGAAUGAGUGGAAGAGGCUCAGAGCUAAGAUAUCGCCUAUAUUCUCACCCAACAAACUGCGUGGCAUGUUCCCGCUCAUAGAGAACACAGCGGUAGAAUUCGUGACAAAAGUUCAAGAUUUGCUGACACAGUCUAAAAAUGAACCGAACAAAAAUGGCCCAGUGAAGACAGAAGGUCAAUCGAAUGGUGUGGAACAAAUCUCCGCUGUGGUAAACUCUGAGAAGCUGGUCGGUGGCUAUACAGCUGAUGCCAUAGUGCCUUGCGCUUUUGGUUUAAAAAGUAACGUGAUGUAUAAUGAAGAUGAUCCCUUCGCUGUAGCAUUGCAUGCGUUCUACGAGAUGUCGCUGUUUAAUAUAUUUGAGAAGACGAUGCGUCAGUUUUGGCCCGCUUUUGUAUUGUUCUUUCGAAUGAGAAUCAUACCAAAGAAGACACAUGACUUCUUCUACAACAUCGUCACGACGGUGCUGAGGGCGCGGGAGAAUGGCGAUCAAGAAAAGCGAGGGGAUUUCAUUGACAUGAUGAUGGCGUUAAGGAAUGAUGAGUCCAACAAUAAUUGUAAGAAGGACCAAGAAGAUGUCGAAAUCACUGACAUGGUGAUAUCAGCAAAUGCUUUUAUCAUCUUCCUUGGAGGGUUUGAGACGACAUCUUCAACUCUAGCCUUCCUAUUCCUGGAGUUAGCAGCCAACCAGCAGGUGCAGGAGAAGAUGAGGGAAGAGAUCAGGCAGGUCGUGGACAAACACGAAGGGAAGAUCACGUAUGAACUGCUGCAGGAGCUGGUUUAUAUGGAGAUGGUGAUUCAAGAAACUCUUCGCCUGUACCCUCCAUUCCCGAGCAUCCAGCGUAUGUGUACCAAGGAGUACACAAUCCCCGACACCAACAUCGUGGUGGAGAGAGGGACUAUAGUGCUGUUCCCAACGCUGGGCAUACAGAGGGAUGAACAGUACUUCGAGAACGCGUCUGCGUUCAUUCCUGAGCGCUGGUCUGAAGGUAGCCCGCAGCCGCCGCCAGGAGUCUACAUGCCCUUUGGAGACGGGCCGCGGUAUUGUAUAGGUAAAAGAUUCGCCCUUAUCCAAAUGAAAUGCUGUCUGCUACGAGUACUGCAGCAUGUGAGGAUUACUCCAGCUCCUCGUCCUGAUGCUGCAGGGAAACUAUCAGUCCAACCUCGACUGGAACCCUUCACUGCUGACCCUCGGUCCCCACUAACGCUUCACCCCGCUGACAGCCUGGUAACUCUUAGCUUGUUAUGACGAAAUUCUGUCUUCGUUUGUAGAGACCAGCACUUCAACGUAUUCUAAAGAUUUUAAACCUUCAUAUUUAGUAAAAGAGUUGAAAAUUGAUGAAGUAAACUGACAGUCCAGCUUCGAGUGGAUCCUUUCAAUCCCUCGGUCCCCACUAAGUCUUCAUCUCGUUGACUGCUUAGUUGCUCUUACCCUGUUAUAUCUCCCGUAACAGGCUAAGAGCAACUUUACAACUUACGCAAUAAAGUUUAAAGUCGAUUCAACAAACAGUUUGGACUUAGUCUGCCGGUAUAUGGAUAUCCAAAAGAUUUUCAACUCUACUAUUCAGAUAGUAAAGUAUAAAAUUGAUUAAAGAAAGAUCUUUAGAACACUUUCUACUGGUAUGUGCACGAUUUGAAUAUCUGUGACGAUUUAAAUAUUGUUAAUAAGUCAACUAUUUUUUCGUAAUUACUAUGUGAAUGUUUCACAUUCCAACAAAUUAAAAUAAUUGCAUAAGUUUCAUGUAAAGAAGUUUUUAAAGCAUCGAUGGACCUAUUUAAAGUUUUUUUUUAAAAAUUCAUUAUUAUGACUUAUGACAUCUCGCCGGCUCUGCCUCGAAGAUUGUAAAAGAAUAUUACUUUUUUUAUUGUUUGUUUCAAUCAUUUAAUUUCGUUUUGUAAAUAGUGAAAUAUAGUCUAGCUAAGAGCCAAAUAUUCAUACUAAUCAUUGAAAAAAUAAAAUGUGAAAAUGUCUUUGUGUUCAUAACUCUUGAACGACUGUACCAAUUUUGAUAAAUCUAUUUUUAUACAGAAUAUAGCUCUUGAAGUAUCUUAUACAUUUACGAAGUCAUGUCUUAUUAUUAAUAAUUUGUUACUGAAAUGUUGAAAAUGUAAAUAAAAAUUGAUUUUAGCCUGUAUGUAUUAGUAUACGGCUUUGUUAAAAUAAGGAUUAGCUCAUAAGUGAUAGUUUUAUUAUUAUUAUCUUGUCGUUUCUGUAA